GUACUGAGCAUGCGCGGCUCACGGAGGGCUGGGAGUGUCUGAGCCGUGGAAUUGAUCAGCAAUCACUGAAGGCAAGAGCGUUUAAGAUGAACAAAGACUGUAGUAAUGGUGAUUUCAAGACACGGAGCGGCAUACAAUGAGUUCAUCGAACGAGGAGUGUCAAGAAAAGGUUAUACCCGGCUUUACUGAGUCACUGGAGCCUGGAUCAAUAGACUGAAUGACCUCUGGGAUAACGGUUCUAGGGAUAAUAUUUGUAUUAGUGUCCUGCAAUCAACUCGUCUACUAGAUAAGUUGUUGAAUUCAAAUGGUCGAUUCAUUUUAUGGCUAGUUGAGAGUCCUGUUUGCGUAUUCUCGCAACAUAUCCGUCGUGAUCGUCAGUCUAAAGAUUAGUCGUCAAUUUGUUCUAAUGCAAUUACUCGAAUAAGCCAUGCCAUCCUAUUUUUUCCAUGUGUCAUGAAAGGCAUUGCAAAUAUGGUUUGAAUUUCAUGUGAGUCAGAUCAAUCUAACUGUUCCACUGUUAAAUUAACUGUUAAAUGACAAAUGCAAGACAGCGAGUAUAUUUGGAUUAGUAUUUCUAAGAAUCUGUGCUUUUAAGCGCACACUGUACUUCACUUUGUAAGAGUCGUCAGCUAUUGGAGGUCAUGAGGUGGUCAUCUGUUGUUGGACUUUCAAUAGCACUCAACCUGCAAGAAGAUUAGCCUUCGAGCACCUGUGCAGAAUUUCAGUGCCAGAACUUUGUUGGCUUUGCCUUUCAAAGAGGGAUGCUUAGGCCCACGGUUGGCUCCAUUGAGGAGAGGGAUGAGGAGCAGGAAGACGACGAGGAAUUGAGGGAUGGAGGGGUGCCCUUCUUCGUGAACAGGGGAGGUCUGCCUGUAGACGAGGAAACAUGGGAGAGAAUGUGGCGACACGUUGCCCGGAUUCACCCCGAGGGCGAAGCAAUGGGGAAAGGGUUACGAGGCGCCGCGGAUCUGCCAAAGAUUCCAAUACCGAGUGUGCCUACAUACCAUCCCACCACGAGUAUCCCACAACGUCUGGAAGCCAUACAAAAAUACAUCAGGGAUCUGCAGUACAAUCACACUGGGACACAGUUUUUUGAGAUCAAGAAGAGCCGUCCUCUCACUGCGUUGAUGGACAUUGCUAAAGAAAUGACAAGGGAAGUUCUGCCAAUCAAGUGUCUGGAGGCUGUGAUCCUCGCAAUUUACCUCACCACCAACCUGCCGGGCGUGGAGCGUUUCCCGCUCAGCUUUAAGACCCAGUUCUCAGGGAACCACUUUUACCACAUCGUGCUGGGGGUCCACUGUGGGGGCCGCUUUGGUGCGCUGGGCAUCAGCCGGAGGGACGACCUGAUGUUCAAGCACCUGGAGUUCCGCACGCUGGCCGACCUGGUGCAGGAGUUCCAGGGGGCCUACCGCGGCUACUGGCACACCCUGCGCAAGGUGAAGAUCGGCCAGUACGUGUCCCACGACGUGCACAGCGUGGAGCAGAUUGAGUGGAAGCACUCGGUGUUGGACGUGGACCGGCUGCCCAAGGAGGAGCUGAGGAGGGAGCUGGAGAGGCACACGCGAGACAUGAGGCUGAAGAUAGGAAAAGCGGCCCCACCCUCUCCCACCAAAGACAGGAGGAACAGCAUGGGGUCCCCCCUCCGAGGCCCUGGGAGCCCCAUGCGCAGGAUCAGCCACAUAGAGAGACGACCUUCCGCGGAGAAGAAAGUGUUGGAGAAAAAACCGCCCACGGAUUUGAAUGGAUACCAGAUCCGUGUCUAACGGAGGACCUAAAACACAACUUUUUAAGUAUCGGGACAAGGUGCUAGACCCUUUAAGGUUAUUGCUCUGUGUUUGAGUUUGUAUCGAAGGUACCAGUUAACCUAUUCCGGGGGCCUGUUUUCAAUAGGUCACCAGCAACUUUGUAAGUACAAAACAUUGUACUUCAAAAAUUCAUUUAUACAUAGCAGUAAUGGAAAAAGACACGACUUGAUCAAACACUUUCCAGAGAGACAGUCAAGAUUAAUGUAAAUGUGCUAAUAGACAUAUCACAGGUUUCCGUUUUGGAAAAUUGGCUCUUUGGAAGAACUUGGUUGGGUGUUAAUUUUUUUAUUAUGUUAUACUGUACUUGUAUAAAAUCCAUGUAAUGUACUUUUAGAUCUUGAGCUCUGCAGAGCAGCCCCUGCUUUUAUAGUGAGUAGUUGGCAAACCACUACCCUUGUGCCUUUAAUGAAUAUAAAGUGAGGAAAAACUGCAAGCCGUAGUUAAUUUUUUUAAAAUUCUUAACACUUUUAGCUACGUUAGCAUACAGCAGUGCGACAUCUAUUCUCUAGAAUAGCCUUGAAUUGAACAGCUCCUGUUGUAUGAGCCCUUUUGUUAUCUUCUAGAAAACCACUAGCAUGUCAUCUACUGAAUGGGGAUAUACAGGGGGUGAUGGAUGAGUACGUGGGGAUCCAUCAUAUACAUUACAACCUUUUAUGAGCAUGAAAAGUGAUGAGAGAAACAGGAUGUGAAAUACAUCCAUAACUGAGGCAAAGAGUUUUUACCGGUGUGCGAUGUGUCACUUUUCGACAUUGUUUUUUGUUGUGGAUUACCUUUUACUUGGUACGUGUUCCCUUGCCUUAUUUGUAGCGUUCUUUUCUACCCUGUUCCUUGACAACUUUAAGGGGUGUCCAAGUGAGUUUUUUUACAUUAUACGCAUGGUGCACAUAAGUGGGUUUACAGCAUUUGUCUGCAUUUGUUAUGCUUUAAAAGCAGGUUCGGUCAUUGCUGCCGUCAGUAUUACUAAUCACACUCGAUUCACUUAAUUAAACUAACCAUGCACUGUGGUGUUAAUGCCACACAGUGCUGAAUCUCAUGUGUAGAUGUUUUCAUCACAAUGCUACGAAAUGGCACUGCAUCGUACCAAAAGAUUGUCGUGGAUCUACAGUAUCAGAAUAAACACCAUACGUGCGUCGAACUGACUGCUUUUUGUUUCUGCUGGCCAAUAUUGUCUCAAUAAAAGGACCUCUUGUCAUGCAACAGCAA